AUGCGGAGAUUUGUAGAGGCUGUGGAUGAGCUAGAGCUGGUGGACCUGCUCCUUCAGGGGGGAAAGUUCACAUGGAAUGGGGGGCUUAAUAAUCAGGCAUGGGCGAGACUAGACAAAUUUUUAGUUUCCCCUAGCUGGUUAGAUCAGUUUAGUGGAGUCACUCAGGGCAGAUUGUCUCGGCCAAUUUCUGAUCAUUUUCCAAUUGUGUCAAAGGGGGGUGGAAUAAGAAGAGGCCCAACCCCGUUUAGAUUCGAAAAUAUGUGGCUUAAGGUUAAGGGGUUUAAAGACAUUGUUAGAACCUGGUGGCAGGGAAUUGAAGUCAGGGGCAGCGCUAGCUAUAGAUUGGCUGUUAAAAUGAAGGAAAUUAAAAAGAAGCUGAAAGUGUGGAACAAAGAGGCGGAUAUUGGUAGAAUUCAAGUGGGUUGCAUCAGCCAGCAAGAAGCAGAGAGUCUGGAAAUCCCAUUUGCAGAGAUUGAGAUUCAUUCGGCGCUAAUGGAGAUGAAUAGGGAUAAAGCCCCUGGCCCGGAUGCUGGGUUUUUCCCUAGCACUAGAGGGCUUCGUCAAGGGGAUCCUCUAUCCCCUUACCUCUUUGUUAUGGGAAUGGAGGUUCUGGACGUUCUCAUCAGGAGAGCGGUGAAAAGGGGAUAUCUUUCAGGUUGCAACAUUCGGGGUGUUGGGAAGGGUUCCAAAAUCAAAUUUUGGAAAGAUAGUUGGUACACUGACACUCCGUUGUCCCAAUGCUUCAAUCAUCUUUUUGUCCUUGCCGCGCAUAGGGAUGCUACGAUUGAGGAGAUGUGGGACCAAGAGACGGGCCAAGGAGAUUGGAAUCUUGUUUUUGUGAGGGACUUCAAUGAUUGGGAGUUAGACAUGGUUGGGGAGCUGCUUCAUACUUUGAGGGGUCAUAGGCCUUCCCUGGAGGAUGAUUCAGUCAUGUGGAGGCAGGGAAGAAAUGGUCUUUUCAGGGUUAAAGAAGCUUACAGACUGCUAGACAAGCCUAAUGUCACAGUAUUUCCCGCAAGGAGAAUAUGA